GCCCGUUCUAAGUAGCACUGAAAGCAAUAAUUAUCACCAAUUACUCUUGAGCGCCAGUUUCCGUAAGGUUGGGAUAGCAAUCUACUCUAGCACACUGUGAAUCAAAUUUGCCAAGCUGUUUUCUCGAAUUCUCGCACUCACAUCUUCGUUUCGCCAGACAAUGCCGCCACCCGUGGAGAACCUUUCCGACGACGAGUCGACCGGAGAAUCUAUUCCUUAUAACGACGCGAAAGAAGACCAUAACUCAGGCCCCGAAAACCAGGAAGACAAUGAUGAUGAGGAGGAGGAGGAUGAAGAGGAGGGUGUCUAUGUCGUUGAAAAGAUCCUCGGUCAUGACUUCGCGAAGAAUGGAACUCUCCUCCUGCAAGUGAAAUGGAAAGGAUACGAUGACCCUGCAGAUGAGACCAUGGAACCGGAGGAGAACCUGCUGGAGGGCGCAAAAGAUCUGGUAGAAGAAUACUACCGUGUCCAAGGUGGUCGGCCUGAGAAACCUCAACGGGGGAAGCGCAAGUCCAUGACUGGGCCAAAGCAGACACCAGAGAGAAGUGAACCUAAAAGGCGAAGAAAGUCCCGAGCGGAAGCUGCCACCGAAACUCCAGAUGACGAUGAUGGAGAUUUGCCUGAUUGGGUUCCCCGGUCCAAGAACUGGGAGAACGAGGUGCAAACUGUUGACACAAUCUUGCGUGAUGCGGAAACUUCGAGUUUAAUCGCAUAUCUCCACUGGAAGAACGGAAAGAAGUCCAAGGUCUCCCUUGAGACCUGUUAUGAGAAAUGCCCCAGAAAGAUGCUUAAAUUUUACGAAGAGCAUUUGGUUUUUAAGGAAGGUUGAUUUUGUACUAACAUUCUUCGCC